AUGACGGGAAAAACUUAUGAUUUUUAUCAUCAAGCUUUUUUUCCUACUGUUAAAAAGUUUUCAGAUUGCAUUCAAAGAAAAUUACCUAAUGUGAAUAUAAUGGUUGGACCGAUUCCUAAUGAGUUUUAUCCUGGACGGAAAUUAGAAGAAAGACCUAAGAAUUUAGUACUCCCUCAUUUCUAUGAUUUGUUUUCACUUGUACAUAAAUCUUUUGGUAAUGUUACAUUGGAUGUUCAAGCAAUGUGUUUGAGAAGACCUAUCUGGGAAUGGAUUUACUUUGGACAAUCAGGAGCGAAAAGAAAUUAUACGAAUCAAAUUAAACAAAUUAUAAAAUCAGCUGAAAAAAACAUAGGUAAUGUACCAUGUUUAAUUGGCGAGAUUGGAAUGUGUAAGGAUAUCAAUCAAGGAGAAGCCUUUAAAACUGAAUAUAAUCUUGUUUCAUUUGCGUUAUGGAAUUAUAGUCCUUAUAAUACUGAUAUACAUGGGGAUGGUUGGAAUAGAGAGAGUUUUAGUUUUAUUAGUUCUUCUUCUCCUAAAGAUUCAAGUGGAAAUCAUGAACCAAGACUCUUAAAAUGGAUCUUAAGACCUUAUGCAAGAAGGAUGGCAGGAUUACCAAUCUUUACUCAAUUCGAUUAUGAAACUAGAUCUUUUGAAUUUAAAUGUCAAAAUCAUCAUUCAGUUAAACCUACUAUAAAUCAAACUGAGGUUUUUUUACCAAAUGAUUUAUAUAAAGAAAAGUUUACUCAGAUUGAAAUUGGUGAUGGAACUCAUUCAUGGAAAUCUGAUUUUCAAUGUUUGAUUUGGACUCUUGAGAAUGAAAAAGAAGAUGAAAAUCAUUGGAUUAAGAUUCAUUCGAGAGAUCAAGACAAAAAACAUAAAAUGAAUCAAAAAGAAGGUUAUAAUCAAUUGAUGUAUACUGUUCCAAGUAUCUUGAUUGGUUUGAUUGGGGUUUGGUCUGCAGUUUCCAGAAAAAUUAAAUUAACUUGA